AUGGGUAUCAAAAGAGAAGGUGAAUUUCCAAGUUUGAAGAAACUGUCGAAAGAGUUGCUAGGGGUGGAUAUUCAACGUGAUGAUGAUGGAAGAGGACAUGAUCCGAUCGAAGAUGCUCGAUCGACUAUGGCGAUUUUCAUGCUUGUCAGAGAGGAUUAUGAGAUUGAUUUGAUGAAGAAUAGAGAUCGCGUCGCUGGUAUACCACCGUGA